AUGGCGGUCCAAGCGAACAGAGGGAAAACACAAGCAAUUCUAUCAUCUCUUCCGUUACAAAUUUUAUUUUAUUUAAAUGGUUGGUAUUAUGUUGCAUUCUGGGUAUGUGAAGCAUUGAUUUUCAUCUAUAAAGGUCAGCUUUUUCCAUAUCCACAAUCCAACAUAGAAGGUGAGGUGUGUCUACUCUUUCUAAUUAUUGGAGUGGAGUCUAUAAGACAGGUACUUGGUAAGAAAGGCAAUCUGACAGAGAGAACUAUAUCAUUAUUGUUAUCUGUGGUGUUAAGUCUACCAAUGAUAUUUGCACAUGUCUACCUUUUGAUCUGGCAGACCUACGUACUCAGAGCUGAAAUCAUAUUGAAUUCUAUCCAAUUAGUGUUCCUGGGAUUAGAGUUGGUCUUUUCUAUCAUCGCUAUCAUUACCUUUGCACGAGCUGAUACUUACAGUUAAACAAGAUUUGGUCUGAUUGCUCUUAUUUAUACAUGCGACUGUAAAUAUGUUUUGAUAAAAGUACAUCAUUUGUAAAUAGUUGGUAUUUUUUAUGGAAACAGGACAAUGUUAAAACAGAUUUAGAGAUAUGUCAACUAUCACAAUGACAAAGUAAAUGAAUGCAAACAUUCAGUGUAUCGGCUGCUGAUACAAAUAAUGUCAUUUGUAUAUCGUUUAGUUUGGCACACAAACCGAUGAUGUCAUCAUUUAAUGGAGUAUAACAGAACUGAUGAUGUCAUUGUUUUGUGGGACAGCACAUAAAAUAACUUUAAAUAUUUUACAAAUAAACUGAUUAGACAGUAGUUUGUAAAUACCGUUAGAUUAGCGAUUUAUUUAAUCCUCAAUAACAAUUGAUUCAAUUUAAUUAUAAUGUUAUCCUUUUUACCACCAGUUCUCACUUUUCAUGACAAAUUCACAAAAUAGUCCUGUUUAUAUUCUGCACUUUCCAUAGAUUAUUAGAACAAAAUAGCCAAAUAUUUUGAGAAAAAAAUGAAAAUUGACUCAAAUUUUGCCUGUUGGCUUUAAAAGUAGGGUUCAAUUCCAGAAAUAUUGAAGAAUAUAACAAAAAGUACAGAAAAAGUUUGGCAAGAAAGUCUGGUUGUGAAAAGGUUAAUAAAUAAGAACAAGUUAAUUUAUGGAUAAGCAGUUAUUGAAAGUAGUGCAAUUUUCCAUCAAUCAAUAUUAUCAUAUUUGAUAAAACUCAGCAGAACUACAUCAUUGUAAAGGUAAAUAAUUUAUAAAGAUAGUUUUCACCACAUUAAGUAAAAUUAGGGUUUGAAUUCUUGAUGUACAAAUGUAUAAACAAUGUAUUACUUUGCCCCUACUGUAAAAAGCUGUAUUAGAAGCAACGACUUCUAAUUAAAUUGUCAAAGGCUUGGAAUGUAUGAAAAUUACUUAAUAUCACAUGGUUACUCAUUGGAAAUCUUUUAACCAUGCAAUUCUCAUUUGAUUAUGGCAAUGAAUUUAUAUUUUAUCAUUCUGUUUAAUCAAUCUAGCGCCCUCUAUAGUUUAGAAUGUAUAAUAUCACAUAAUUUUACAUUUGCAUCUUCAUACCUAUUUUUAAGAUUGAAAAUAAUUUAUUAUGAAUUAUCGGAAAAUAAAAAUUGGAUUAUUGAUUAAAUACAUUAUUUUAAAAAAA